CACGCCGAGAGACAGAGAGGGUUAGAAGAGGGAGAAAGGAAUUCAGAACUGUUUAAAUGGGAAUCCAGAGCGCAGCGAGGACAGAGGCUGCGGACUGAGCCAGCAAAACAAAAACAACAACGGAAAAAGUGGAGACAGAUUUAUUUUACGCACGGGAAAAGUGGGAAGUAGUUAAAGGAAAGGAGAAAGAGGCAUGGGAUUUUUCUCCUCUAAAUGUGUCCUGUUUGACUCUCAUGACUCAGAGAGGAUUACUGUUAAACUCAGCCGCUCUGCAGGAAUUGAUGGUGUCUUCUAAGAGAAACGGAGCCGAGGGGAGGAAUCUGAAUGCGCUCGGCUGAACCAUGCCAGGCUUGUGGAUCCUAACUUUGGCACUCGCUUUCAACCAAGUGUGCUGUGUGCGAUUCUCCCAGGAGCCGGCCGACCAGUCAGUGGUGCUGGGAGAACGAGUGGUGCUGUCCUGCGUGGUCUUCAACUACACGGGCAUCGUACAGUGGACCAAGGACGGCUUGGCCUUGGGCAUCGGAGAAGGACUUCGAGCCUGGCCCAGGUACCGCGUGCUGCGGGCGCUGGACACAGGCCAGUUCAAUUUGGAGAUCUCACACGCUGAGCUGUCAGAUGACUCCCUGUACGAGUGUCAGGCCACGGAGGCCGCCCUGCGCUCCAGGAGAGCCAAGCUCAACGUACUUAUCCCCCCUGAGGAUCCGGUGGUGGAGGGAACGCCGGAGCUGCUGCUGAUGGCUGGAACUGCAUUCAACCUGACCUGCGUAACCCGCGGGGCCAAGCCUGCAGCUCACAUCCAGUGGACCAAGAAUGGCAUCCCUGUGGAGGGAGCACACCACUCUACGGAGGUUCUGCCAGACAGGAAGAGAGUGACGAGCCGGAGCUAUCUCCCCAUCACUCCAGUUGACACUGACAGCGGCAGCAAUUUCACCUGUGUGGCCAGCAAUCCAGCAGUGCCAAUGGGCAAACGAGCCACUGUCACUCUCAACGUCCACCACCCUCCCACUGUGACCUUGUCCAUCGAGCCUCGCUCAGUCCUGGAAGGAGAAAGAGUCACAUUCACCUGCCAGGCCACCGCCAACCCGCCCAUCAUGGGCUACAGGUGGGCCAAAGGUGGCGUGCUGCUGGAGGGGGCCAGGGAAAGUGUGUUUGUCACCACGGCAGAUCAUUCAUUCUUCACUGAGCCCGUGUCAUGUCAGGUGUUCAACGCAGUGGGAAGCACCAACGUCAGCAUCCUGGUGGACGUGCACUUUGGUCCAAUUCUAGUGGUGGAGCCCAGACCAGUAACAGUGGAUGUGUACUCAGAUGUUACUUUGAACUGCAAGUGGGCUGGAAACCCUCCUCUUACCCUCACCUGGACCAAAAAGGGCUCCAGUAUGGUUCUCAGCAACAACAACCAGCUGCAUUUGAAGUCAGUGAGCCAGGCCGAUGCAGGCCAGUAUGUCUGCAAGGCCAUCGUGCCGCGCAUCGGAGUGGGAGAGAUCGAGGUUACGCUCACUGUCAAUGGCCCCCCCAUCAUCUCCAGUGAUCCAGUUCAGUACGCUGUCAGAGGUGAAAAAGGAGGGAUCAAGUGUUACAUCGCCAGCACCCCCCCACCUGAUAAGAUUGUUUGGGCCUGGAAGGAGAACGUUUGGGAGAAGGAGAAAGGCACUCUGAUGGAGAGGUACACGGUGGAGCAGAGCAAACCCCAGUCCCAAGGCGGCGCCGUCCUCUCCACCCUGACCAUCAACAACGUCAUGGAGUCUGACUUUCACUCCCCGUACAACUGCACCGCCUGGAACUCGUUUGGACCUGGAACUAUGAUCAUUACCCUGGAGGAGAAAGAUAUUGUUCCAGUGGGAAUUAUUGCCGCUAGUACAGUGGGCUCCUCCAUUCUGCUGCUUAUGAUUCUGCUGGCACUCGCCUUCUUCUUCUACCGCCAACGCAAAGGCAGUCGUCGAGGCGUCACACUCGGUAAACCAGACAUCAAGGUAGAAACGGUCAACAAAGAGACCCACAGCCUGGAGGAGGAGGCAGCCAACGUCUCUACAGCAACCAGAAUGGUCAAGGCCAUGUACUCCCCAUUCAAAGACGACAUGGACCUGAAGCAGGAGAUCAGGAGCGAGAGCGACACGCGGGAGGAGUACGAGCUCAAGGAUCCAACUAAUGGCUACUACAACGUCCGAGCCACCACCCACGAUGAGGCGCGGCCCCAGUCCCGUGUCGUCCACUACCAGGGAGAGUUUCGCCCUCCAAACCCAAACACCGGGCCAGGCGGCGCCACAUCCGGCGGACCUUCAGCUGCGGUCAGCGGUGCAGUUCCUCCCAGCGCCGUGCCAGGCUCCAGGGCAGGCUGCUAUGACCCUCGCCCGCCCUCCCGGAUGUCCCACUCUACCUACGCCCAAUUCAACACCUUCUCUAGGGCGGCACAGAGGCAGGAAGCUCCUCCAAAUCCUGCUCUCCCUUCACCCGGAGAUUACCCCGGAGGAGACUGUGGCCUGCUGGACAGCUCAACCCAAAUGCCAUACGACAGCUACGGAUAUCCCUCCCAGUAUCCCAGCUACCGCAUGGGCUUCGCUCCUACCAUAGAGGAAGGGCCGGCUUAUGAGAUGUAUCCGACGGGACAGGGGACCGGGUCGGGCCCAGGAACGGGUCAGCAAAGUCCUGAAACAGGCUUGGCAAAGUACGGGAGCUCCACUCGCUUCUCGUACUCGUCCCCACCGUCUGACUAUUCCCACAGACACACGCAGCGAAUGCAGACUCACGUUUGAGGAAAGGCCGACGCACUUUCCUGGAUUUGCUUUCGGCAUCAGCAGCGUUUUCACAUCCUGUGCAACUCCUCCCGAUCUGUGCAUGGAUCUUCAACAAUCCGUCCCCCAUUGCAAUCACAACAACAUGACUCCCCAACAGUUAGGAAAGAAGCAAUACAUGCAGAGUGAUCUUCACCCUGAUUCACACAGGCCUCCUGUUUGCUGUGGCUGCCCAUCAACUAAAAGAAAAAGCGAGAUUCACAAUCAGGAGAUGAAAAGAAGAACAAGAAGAGCACUUUGCCAACUUGGACCACCUGCCCUCACACCCUCCUGUCUCUGUAAAUAAUGUGAAAUUUGGGCCAUUUUAAAGUUAUAUUUCUUGUAUAAAUAUAUAAACCGCAAACCUCUCAGCAAGCCACACUUUUUGCAUUUUCUGACUUACAUUGCUGAACAUGAAUCCAAACAUACAACCACAUUUCGUUAAAGAAAAAAUGCAUCAAAGGGGCAGCUUGGACUAUAAACAUAGCUGGCACUUUUCAUUAAUGUCUUUUUCUUACAAGAUCUACCUUGCUUUGAGUGGGACAGUUCGUCUGGAGCGAUCAGAUUGCAAGUUCCUAUGUGCCAACACACAAAAGUUAAAUGGUAUCUUUUCUUUUUGAAACCGUGGACGUUAAGGUGCUCCGGGUGUACAAGACGAACGGAGCAGUAGCAAGCGUCUCUUUGCUCCUUCUCCUCCUCGUAUUGUGUUUCUGUCAUCAUCAUCCAUUUCUAUACCUAACAUUUCACCUAAAGUCGAUGCUAUUGAUAGUGUUUGUGAAACAAGGUGUGGUGGGAGCGCCUUUACAUUCUAUACAUUUCUGCAAUUUGUGCAAAAAGAUACCUCCCCUAUCUUCAAAAAAAAAAUGUUUCUCUCACUUGCACAGUAGAAUAGAUUUUUUUCCAUAUUUAUACUGAAGCAUAUAAAAAAAUCAACAACAAAAAAAAACGACGGCAUUCAGAAACAUUUUAUAAUAUUUUUAUAAGGAGUUGUGGACCAAAGGUUCAGCAUUUUGGGUGACACUCACUUUUUAACGUGUAACGCGGCGUUACGGUCGGAAAAGGCCCGAGUUCCUUUAAAAUGAAACGGUUUUUAAUGUUGUUGGCUUAACGUAGAAAACCUAAAGAGCUUCACCUCAAAAUAACAAGUAUCCAGCUUAUACCUGCUAUGGAUAUAUUUGUUUGGCGUGAAACUCUUUCUUUGACUUCCUGUCUUCUGACUGGACUGCCUUUUUUCUAAAGCUGGUGACGACAUUCAAAAUGACGGGCUUGGAGCGAGAAGCUGCUCGAUCGGAGCUGCCCUGCCAACUUGAGAAGCAGCGAGGUUUAAAUGUAGUCUAACAUAUCAAAGUGAGGUAGAGAGGGUUCUAUCUAGCUCAUAUGGUACUUUGUACUAUUUGUAAGUAUGCUGAUUUUUUCUCUGCAACAGAAACUCUGCUGGUGUCUUAUGUCUGAGAUUUUUUGUCGUAUCAUGUCAGGUUUUGGUGUGCAGAUCUGGCCUUCGAAGCAGAACUUAGUACUCGAAACUUGAAAAUCUGAGGGGAUAAAUCAUGCAAGUUCCUCUCCUUCCUCUAAGUUGUGCUCAAUGAUGUUAAGCUAAUAACUGUAGAGACAGCUUAAACAUAUAGCGCCCUCUACAGUUAAAAGAUCCCCUUGUAAAGAUAUGUAAAAAGCCUAAUUAUAAAGGCAUAUUUUAAUUGUUGUGGUAUAAUCUCAGUUUGGAAAUAUUUUAAAAAUCCAUUUAUUAAUUUGAGUACCUUUAUUACCUGAGAGAAAAAUAUCCAGCACUGAGAAAUAAUUUGACAAACUCUGCAUUUUGACAUUUGUGAUGGUAGGACAGAAACAGAAACAUGUUUUCCUUCAUGUCCCCAAAACAACAAAACGCCACUUAGGUUUCCUUUAUUGUGGAGAUUUUUUUUUUUUCCUUUUACCUCCCAUAGUGUUGUUGUACAUGUUGACAAGACAAUCUUGGAUGCUUAUGCAGCACUAUUGGGUCUAAAGGUUUAGUCCUAUUUUGAGGAGAGUUUGCAUGUGAUGUCAUAAUUAUAUCUGACGUAAAAUAAAAUGAAAAGGUUACGGAUAAAUACUUCAAUAACCCCAGACACCAUAAAAAAAAAUAUUUGUCUUAUUUUUCAGGAAAAAUCUGAAAAGUGCAGUAACAAUGUUUUACAAAUAAAUAAUUAUUUCUCAGUGUGAGAUUAUUUUUCUCUGUUUAAAUGUACUUAAAUUAAGUUUUUCACAUGACCCUGAUUUCUGAGCAAAAAUCUCUGGAUUGCAAUUAUCUUACACCUCAGUGAGGUGUUGGUGUCGUCUCAAACGGAUCAAGGUAUUUCUUAUUAUAGUUUCUUAUAUCAUCUAUUAAUCCCCCGAGGUUUAAUAUUAGAGCAUUUAAGCUUUUUGUAAACUAAUGAAAAACAGAUUGAUUUUUUUUUUUUUUUUUUUUUGCCAAAAAGUCCUCUCUCCCCCAGUGGAUUGAAGUUAUUUAUGUUUGCACUCGGAGCUUAAUGAGAUUCGAUUAAACUGCUCUCUUCAUUGUCAUACCAGCUCAAAACAUCAUAUUUUAUGUCGACAAGAAUUUGUUUUAGUGGAAUACAAGAAGAGUGUGUCAAUAAUCACAAUCCUCAUGUCAUGAGCUUCCACUGCAUUAAGUUUGCUUCUUUUCUGGACGAACAUGAAGACAAUAAGCAUUUCUAUUGCACCCAUCAGGAAUAGAUUCUAGAUUUCAUUUAAUACCUUUCCAAAAGUUCCCAUCCUGCACGCUUCACUGAGCAGGUAAAUUUAAAAGGCGCAGAAAGCAAUAAGGAGUCACUCACUUGUAUCUGUAUUCUACAUUUUGGAGCAGUUAAAAAUGAUUGUGCAUUAAAUAAGACCCCGGGCUGCAGAGGCUAUCAGCCAUUCCAGAAGUAAUCAUUGAAUGUUUAUAUUUAUCAGUCGCCCCAUCAACCCUUCAUGGUAUAUUAUGGUAAUUGUCUGCAGAGGGGCUAUAAAAAUGUGUUUACAGCUCUUGUUUUCUAUAAAGGCAGAGAAAGAAAACCACACCCACGCCGAUUUGUAUCUCAGAGGCAACCUCGUAGCUCCAAGGUCACGAUGUAAACCAUUUCAGCUGGGCUAGAACAGCAGGUGGAGCUGCGUUUAAAAUCUUAAACCGUUAUCACCCCCGUGGAACUGCGCACCGUAAUCUAUUUACAACCUUUUUACAGAGUUGGAGCUGAGCAGUAUUUUGCAUCUGGCUUGCAAUCUUGUUACAACCGUGCGGAAGGAUGAGUGAAUUUGACGGAGAAGGUGCUGAGGCUGCUGCACGCAUAGCCAAUUCAUGCAGGUAUCUGGGUAUUAACUGUGGUGACAGUCUGUUGACAUUACAGUUCACAUAAAAUGUUAAACACACAUGGCCUAUGCUAGGGUACAGCAGUGGAAAAAUAACUGCAGGUGCGUCUUACUACAUGAAAACAGCAUCAAACCGUAGCUGAAUCUGAAGGAAAUACUUUUACCUCAUUAGGUUGUUUUCCGUGUGUGUUUUUUUUCUGUGUUUUUCUCUGUGUAGUUUGUGCCGAUGGUUUCUUUCAAACUUGCUGCCAUGUGUCAAAUUAAAAGCCAUCUGCCAGCUUCCAAAUGUCAAAGUCAAAACAGAGAAUGAAAUCACAUGAAUAUCGCAAACCUCUCUUGUUGCUUUCUUCCAGACUUCCGUCAUUUAGUCGCACUAUCACACAGUACAGUGUCGGUAUGUCUUUUUAGCUUGCUUCUCUUUCUGGUGUCUGUUUUAUAGAAUAUAUAAAUAUUCAUGAGUUCAUAAUAUUCACUUCAAUGUUUCUCUGAUUUAUUUUUAUUUUAGCCAAAUAAGUGCAAGUUUUGUAUUUACUUUGUGGUACAUCACCAGUUGAAGAAAGAACUGGUCCAAAGUGUCUUUCGCAUUGUAAAACAUUCUUUGUUGGUUCUGAUCCACUUAAUCAAUUCAUUUUUGAAAAAAGUUGGGUAUUGAACAUCUGUGGCCUAAAGAACUUGUCGGUCAUGCUAGAAAUAGCCUGUGGAUGGUCUCAAGUAGGCCAACCCAGACUAGGACCGGGCCAGACCCAUGCUGGGCUGAGCUGGGCCGAGCUGGGCCGACCCAGACUGUCUGCAGAGUCUUGACAUCCAGUUUUACUGUGUGAACCUUUCAGUGAGUGCCAAAAAAACCCAUCAACUGAGCAGACAUGCAAAUGCAGCAGCAGUUUGUGUUUACUCUGACUGUGUCUUUAUGUGUGGAUGGAUUCAGACAGACACGUGUGUUUUCCAUGUCCAACUUUAAAGAUGCAUGCGUGUGUGUUUGCGUUUGUGUGUGUGUGUGUGGGCAGUAUGCAACCCAAACAUGUUUGGACCAGUGGAGAGAAGAAAUGAUGGUUUGACUGAUAAUUUCAUAUGUUGGCCAGUCACUCCUGCGGGUAUGAAGGAGACCAUUCCUGACCUCGGGGAUAAAGACCCUGAAAAUGCAGAUUUUCCUCCUAAGUGUAAUUUUUAACAGCUCAAAUGUUAUUUGGGUGAAAUAUUGUUGCUUUAAGUACAGUUUUUGUUCAAUAUCUCAUAUGAUAAACCUUAUUUUUAACAGAAGAAGCCUGUAUGAUUUGGCUCUUUUCCUUGUACUCCAGCUUUAAUAAACUUUUUUUUUUUUCACUUACAUUUAGAUGCAAGACAAAACUGAUGCCAACAACUAACAACUAUCACUGUUUGGCUGUGAUGCAGAUAACAAGAACACAAAACAAACAUCUAAAUCUUUGACAGCACUGUCUAGAAAACUAUGACAAAGAUUAAACUGUAAACCUGAACCUGCAAAUAAGUACAUAACCUAGUAGGUUGUCUUUUUUUUUUUUAAUGGGGACAUUUUCUUAAAAUGUCCCCAUAUGUACUGCUGCUCUGGACUUGAGAUAAAUGCUAUGCAAAUGCAUAAUUUACUGAUGAAAAUGCUAAAUAAACUGUUGUCUGAACUGACGAAGAGUCACUCACAUCGGCAUGCCUAGUGCUUGAAGUGCCUGUCAGAGGAGGAUACUUUAUUGGACUUUAUUUCUGAUUAAUUCAGUUAAAUAAACCACAUGUUGGCUCUCGUAUCUCUGCAUAGAGAAUUGAACCUUCAUCCCAAGAUAGUCUGGCAGAUUUUAACACUUAAACUGGAUUUUGUCUUGACCAAAUAUUUUGAUGUUUGCUGAAUUAUCAGGUGUUUUUGGUAAAUUGCGCUAAUUUAGACUUUUCAAAUUAAUGAUCUUUCCUCUCAUUUUAAUUUUAGGAAAAGAGCCGAAUCAUAAUAUUGAUUUCUUAGGGAUAUAAAAAAACAAACAAACCGUGAUUAGUUUUAAAAGUUGUACCGUUUGUCAGUCAAACCCUAGCUGAAUGGUGGACAGAUGUUUGGCCUGUAAGGAGUCAGAACAGAAAGCUUGUUGCUUAUCUGUCUGCAGAGCUUGUCUGCUCUCUGCAUGAAGGAACAAGAUGAUGUUCUGCUUGACGCUGCUGAGUGUCUGAUUAUCACUACAGCGAGAAAGAAUCCAUGUUGCACUUAAAACUGCGUGAAGUGGAGACGGAGACGGUUAUGAGGCAGAUAAUGAGUGAGUUCAAUCAACCGUAUAUAAUCUUCAUUCUCCAGUUCUUGAUUUGUAUCCCUAUAUAUUGUUCACGUGAACUAAGUUUUGUUCGGUACUAGUAUAUCGUUUUUGUUCCGAAAAAAAUGUGUGAAAACAUACGAGAUACUGAAAUAUUGUUUUUUCUUUUCACGUUUUCUGUCAUGUUUUUCUUCAAAUUCAAUGUAAUUAUUUUUUCACAAUAUAAAGAAAAUAAAAGAUGACACAGUU